CAUCAAACGGGAAAGAGGAUGGUUUCCAUUAUUUCAACAGCAAAGAUUUUCUGCGCCCGCAAUUACAACAGACAAGAGAACAUAUCACUGACAUUAAGCGUCACUACAUGAGCAAAGGCGGCGUCAACAUCGCUCCAACCAACCUGCCGGGUCACAUAGUGGACAUCAAGGACAUGCUACUUUCACUACUGGAAACUGACGAAUCCCUGUAUCGCUGCAACCUUGUCACUGGUGCAGAACUGGCCACCUGUGGUGACACAACCUGUUUUGUGCAUUUGACAGAAUCCUUAGCAAUAACAUUAGACUUUCCAGUGUUGGAAAGGCCAACCCCAAUAACAUGUGACAUGUUUCUAGCCAUUCCCCACCAGCCCCUGGUUGUACUGACUGUGAUAACCUGUGACAAGGAAACUGAUGUGGUACGAAGUUACAACACCUCAGUGGCCAAAGAAGUGACUGCAAAAUUACGUCGGUUUACCAAUGAAAGCAUUAACGUUAUACAUGGAGUUGUUUGCAUGAAUGAUAUGAAAGAUCCUGGAGUGUUCUUUGCAAAGUUACAAAAUAUUGCCGUAAUAUCUUCAGCAUUCGUUUCCAAAACAUCCUUGUUGAUGAAUUUAUUCAAGUAUGACCAAAUACUUAUGGCAUUCUGGGCAGCAUUAGCUGAGACAAAAGUAGAUGCAAACGGCAGUCAGUUAGGAUUUCUUACGAAAGAACACUGCAUCCUUUUGUUGGAAAAUAUAAACAGUAACAACGUUGAGGUGAUGCUUCAUUCUAAACGUGAAGCCACCGUCCUGAUGCUGGAGGUGGCAAGGAGACUGAGCAGACUGGGCGACACUCUGCUGGUCUGUCGGUCAAGGGAAGAGAGGAACAGAUUGAGAUCAGUGCACGCAUCAACAAUAUCACUGAUUGAUGUCUGGAAGUGGGAUCUAUCAGCGUAUGAGAACAUUGUUCUUGAUGCUCGCAUUUUGCCCUGCAGGCCUCGAGGUCGAGUGUGGCGAUUUCAAACGGAUCCUACCAGUGUUGGAGAAUUGAAGAUGCGGUUACAGACAGCAGAGAAGGAAGUACACGAGAUGAAGAGACAACUCUCUGGUCUGCACGAUGAUAAGUGGAAAAGGCAGAUCGAGUACUGGUUGUGGGAAGUGGAUGUUCUCAAGUUACUUCGUUUGAUACAGGAAUUUGAUGUCUCCAACAUUCUCAGAUCGAGCAUGAUUGCUGAGCCAUUAAAAAAGGGAUUAUCAUUAGAGGAUGACAAUUGUGACCGGUCGACCGAUGUUCGUCGAACACAGAUGAUGCAGCUCAAGGACGGAAUUGAAAACCAGAAGGACCUUUUCCAACUUUUAAGAUCGGCGGUCAUUGAGGAUAAAACCCAGCUUUUCUAUCUCCAAGACCUAGCAAUAUCAUUUGCAAAGGCAUCUGAACCUGCAAAGCAGUUCAUUGAAGAAAAGCCAAAGAGGUUCUUUGUCAAGGCUGUGGCAAAGGUUAGAAAAAAAGUGGAUGGAUUCCGGAAGAAGGUGAAGCAUCAAGAACAAAAGACAAAACAGUCCAAGAUGGACAACAUUGCACAUGCAUCUCUGUUGGACUCGGCAAAAGAUAAAACAAUGAAGGACUCGCCAUCCGAAACAUCACUGACGGAAUCGACAUCUGAGACAUCACUGAAGGACUCGCCAUCCGAAACAUCACCGACGGAAUGGACAUCUGAGACAUCACUGAAGGACUCGCCAUCCGAAACAUCACUGACGGAAUGGACAUCUGAGACAUCACUGAAGGAUCCGGCUUCUGUUACAUCAUUGAAGGAUCCGGCUUCUGUUCAUUCGCUGAAGGAUUUGGAGGAAAGUCAGGAGAGUUUUGAUGAUAUAGAAAAGCUUACAGAAGACUUGGAUAUCGUGGAAAAGGAGAAGGACAAAGUAAUGCUGCAGCUGAGUCCUCUAUAUACAGCUGAGUGGCAGAACACAUUAAGCUACGUGGACCGGAGCAUGCCACGAUUUGAUACUACUGACUAUCAAUGCCAGGACCAUCUAAUGUUCGGAGAUUCUUCUCAGACACCACGUGACUCCCCAGAUACUGACAGUCAACGAAGACAAACACAGAAAAACCACGUCCUUCAAAUAAGACAGUUUCAACAGGGAAGACUCAGCAGAACACCUUUGUACGCGAUGCUUGAAAAUAUGAUUGCAGACGACAAGGCAGCCAUGACCUAUUAUCAAGACAGUAUUCUCUCUGUGAAGCAAGAUGGUUCUGCCCUCCACUAUGUGGGAGAUAUCAGUUCAUGGCUUCCUGUUUUGUGUCCUAAACUACAUCUGGACGCCGCUCGAGCCACCACAGACAGGUGCCACGUAACUACAAACGGUGAGCUGGUCAACUCUUGGCCCGACACACGGACUCAUGGUAACAGUCGCAGGCUACGGAACUAUUGGGGGACCUGUGCCUCCACCCCCAUCCCCCUUCCUCCAUCCCACCCCACUCUCACCCCGGUAUACAGUACUCCCAGAUACUGGGAGACACUAACCAGGGUGAGGGUGGUAUGUGGAGAGCGGUGGUGGUGGUGGGGGCCUCUCAUGGAGAUGGGGGUGAGUGAGGCAGGACAGUUGGACAGGGGGUUGUUGGCUUCACUACAGUGUGGCUUCUGGUGUGUCAGUGUAGGGAGCUGUGGCAGACACGAGGGGAGUGUCUGUACCAGGGUGUGUCGCGAGGAGGAGUGGAGCGAGUGUCAGCAGAACACCAUGUCCCGCACUCCCGGCACACAGGCCACCUUCCACUACGGUGUUGUGCUGGAUGUGGGGAGGGGCAGACUCGCCUUCAUUGACCUGAACAGGGGCGUUGUUUUAGCCAAGUUUGAUGCGAGGUUUAGGGAAGACCUGUACCCCAUGUUUGGUGUUAAUCCGUGGCCAGAGUACUACACUAUCAACAUGAAACUGAUCAGCGGGGAAGACAUCGUCAUCACCGACACCAAGAAGUCACUGAUUCACGAUGCGCUGACUUAGGACAUCACGCUGUGUGAAGUUAGCAGUGUAAUUCAAGGUUGUAGAAUCUGCUGUGUCAAGGACGAGAACUGAACUGAGUGAAGCGGACAUAAAAGUGUCCGGUUUGUCUGAUAUUUCAUGUUUACAAAAACUAACGAAGUUUGCUAAACGUGAUGUUUUGCUGCACGAGAGGGUGGUACAGUGUAUAAAGAGAUUUAGAAUUAUCACAUGAGUAUCUGUAUGUUGACAGUAUUGCUGUAGUGACUUCCAAUAUGAGACACUGUGUGAUGUUUUGAGAUUUAAUGUGAUGUGAAAAUGAGUGAAGUGCAGUUUUACAAAAGUUGUUUCAAUUAGCAAUUUUCUUUAUUUCACUUCACUUGUCUGUGUAUAAUAACUGUAUUGAAUCCACACAUUCAUAGUUUCAUGAUCAUAUUAUUUUUGUAGCAGCUGAAAUAUGACACAUUCUGUUGUUCUCCGAUGAAUGACGGGCUAUGUAAUAAUGAGAACACAAUACUGACACAAGUUGUUUCAAAUAACAAUCUCUUGUGUUACACCAUAAAAACCUCUGAUGGAAGUUAUGCUUUUAAAAGAUUGAUAAAAA